AUGACACAGGAUAAACGAGAGAAGCUUGGUGUCAAAACAAAUUAUAGUUCAGCAAAGUCAAAAACCUGUGACCAAAGGGCCAAAAAGAAACGUUCUGCCACUCUGUUGAGUCUUUUGAAUACGGAAGAUGACCUCUCUAAUAUCCAGUGGGGUUCAGUGCCUGUAGAUGUACAGGACUGGUUGACUGUUACCUUCGCAAGGACGAAAGAGGCAUACAGUAUUAAACCUGAGGAACAGGCAAGCAUUCGAACUAUUUCGUAUGCAGUCCAGGCUGAUAUUUUGGUUAAAAGGACGUUCCGUACACCCACUAGUCCAAAUGGUUUGGCUUAUCCAGAAGAAGUAGUUGCAGCUUUUAAGGACAUCGAUAAAUGGGAUUUUAAUGUAUUUGCCUUAGAUGAAGCUUGUGAAGGGCACAGCUUAAAAUACUUGAUGUGUGAUCUGUUCAGCAAGUAUGACCUUCUGAGCCAGUUCAAGAUCCCAAUUACCUGCCUAAUUUCAUUUGCAAAUGCUCUGGAAGUUGGCUACAACAAACACCAAAAUCCAUAUCAUAAUGUGGUCCAUGCUGCAGACGUUACCCAAACUGUGCACUGCAUAAUGCUUCAUACUGGUAUGAUGCAUUGGUUCACUGACCUGGAGAUAUUAGCAAUUAUUUUCAGCACCUCAAUUCAUGACUAUGAACACACUGGGACCACAAACCAUUUCCAUGUUAGGACCAGGUCAGAAACUGCACUUUUGUAUAAUGAUAAAUCUGUUCUUGAAAACCAUCAUGUGAGUGCUGCUUACCAGCUUAUGCAAAAUGAAGAAAUGAACAUCUUAGCCAAUUUAACCAAUGAGGAAUGGAGGGAAUUGCGCCGCCUGGUCAUUGAGAUGGUUUUAGCUACAGACAUGUCACAUCAUUUCCAGCAAAUGAAAUUUGUGAAACAUAUUCUGAAAUGCGUGCAGCAUAUUAAAAGGCUAGACAAAGAUAAAAUCAUGUCUAUGAUUGUCCAUGCUGCUGACAUAAGUCAUCCAUCAAAGCCUUGGGAACUGCAUCAACACUGGGCAAAAGCAUUAAUGGAAGAAUUCUUCAAACAGGGAGACAAAGAGGCUGCAUUAGGAUUGCCAAUUUCUUCACUUUGUGAUCGCAAGACUACCAAUAUUGCUGAAUCUCAAAUAGGCUUUAUUGAUGUCAUAGUGAAACCAGUUUUUUCUCUUAUAAUCGAAGCAGCAGAGGAAAUUGUUGCUCCUCUUGUACAGGAAGCAUAUGAAUCUGAAUGUUCUUCUUCCUCUGGAGAAUCUGGUUUUUUUUCUUCCUCUGGAGAAUCUAGGUAUGGCUGUUCUUGUGAAAGUGGAACUUGCACAGAAAGAAAUCUUUUAAUUUUAUUGGAUAUACCAAGCUUUGGAAACCACUUGACGCAGAACAUCGAAGCAAACAGAAAAAAGUGGAAAGAGAGUCAGGAGCCCAAGAGUCAGAAGCCUAACACUAAAGAACUGCUAUUCAACAGACAAGUCAUCACAAGACUGCCACAACUACUGCACAGUGAGAUCAGUGAACAAUGUGAUAUUUACACACACAAAAAUCUGGAGUCCAGAGGUGCGCAAGAUGGUAUGGAUGAGAAGAGUUUCGUUUUGGUGCUAAAAGUAGAUACAGAUUUCUCCGUUCCAUUGUUGACUGAGAGUGAAGACGAUGAGAUCUUAAUAGGUUGUAGGGGAUUCCCUCUGGGCUCUUCGGGUUCAGGGGGAUGUCUCACGAGGCUGGGAAACGAGGAUGAUAAUGAAUCACCAAGAACAGAAAGUAAUAAGGCUAAAGAUCAAGCAAAUAAAGGUAAAAAAGAGGGAGGAAAAUCCCAGAAAACAUCAAAGUCCAAAGACUAUCCUUCAAAGUCCAAGAAAUAUUGCAUUGCACCACGAAGUACCACAACUUGUGAUUGCCAGCUUUGUCACAGCAAAGCAGUUGAACCAAUGGAUGUCAGCUUCAUAGUUUACAAUACAGGUGCAUCAGAACUGUUUCAGCCACAUCAGGAUGCUGAUACCAUGGAUGUCACAGAAUCAUAUGAGGAAUUAGUUGAUAGUCAAAGUUCCUGGAGGAAAGCUGCUGAUCAGAACACAGAUUCAAACAUAUAUGAGAUGAGAGCAAUGGUUCCAAAAACAAAACCUCUGAGUCCUAAUGAAAGCGAUGAUGUGAUCAUUGAGGAAUUUAUACCGGAAGAUCCUGAGCCCCAGAUAACAAGUAAACACCCUGCCAUCACUGAUCAAGAUUUUGUCUUGCAACCACCUAAUGUUGGCUAUAUAAUGACAGAUCUUACCCAAAGUGACAUGGAAAUUUUUUCACUGUGGAAUGAAGAAAUUAUGAGACGUGCAUCUGAGCAGCAGCAACGAGACCACAGCAGAGUGUCUGCUGAUACUGCACUACAGGUGGCAAUACCAGUGAAACAAAAUGAGGGUUGUCAAACAAACUCAACUGAUCGAAACUUUGUUCUACAAGUCAUCUCUUUUGACACCCCUUCUUUAACAUAUGCAGCAGAGUCAGGACCAAAUUGUGAUCCUUCCCAGAAUGAAGUUGCCAGUAUUCCAGUCCCAAAGAAUGAUACCACACCAACAAAUGUGUGCCAACAAAAUGAAACAAUCCCAUGCGCAGCUGCAGCUGUAUCUGUCACAUCCUUGAGCUAUGGGGUAUUUAAAAUAUCCCAGUAGGUUAUUCAUCUAACUGGUAGGCUAAGUUUGCACUGACUUCAAGCGUAACAGGAACUGAUAUCUUCAAAUACAAGCCAUCUGAUACAAACAAACCAAUCUUCUGGCUGCUGAGUAUUCAAUAGUUAAGGGGUAAAUUAAUAUUGUGAGAUCAACUGGGAGAAUUUUGAAACCGGUAUUUGUCAUUACUGAACAGAGAUAAUUCUUAAUAAACCAUCUUAUUGGUGGAAAUGAAACCCUGACACCACUACCCUUCCCCCAAAGAUUCUGAGUUUGUCGAACUUUUCUGUAGGCCUAACUAGAUCUGUGAGAGAAAACAUGCAAGGAGGGGAAAGGCAAGACUGUGAUGGAAUCAGUAGCAAUAUUCUAUGCUAAGGAAUGUAUGUUAAAUAUUUAUCUUGAUAAUAUUUUUAGUCAGACUCUACAAAAUUUGUGUUUGGGACAGUAAAACAAGACUAAUAUAGAUUCAAGAAGUUUCUGCUGUGGUUAUCUAGCUAAUAUAUUUGGUAGGACUCUGCAUGUACUCCUGAUCUUGUGGCUCUGAUGUGUAAAUACACAUCAGGCCCAAUCCCAUCUGAACAGAUUUGGACCAGAUCAAACCUGGAUCCGAAUUACAAUCCGGAUAUUACAAAUAUUUGGAAAGCCCAUUGACUUACAUUGAAAAACUGAAAUGGCUAUAACUUCCUUGUUUUUUUUACUUAGACAUGAAAUAUGGAGACAUGGUAACUGGUAUAUAGGGGAUUAAACCUGUCAAAUUGUAGGUGAAUAGCUCAAGGGUUUUUCAUGCUAGCCACCUUUAAAGUUUAUAAUGUUUUAAAAUUAAACUGACAUAAUAGGGUUGUUUUUUCACACAGGGACGUGAAAUUUGGUGACAUGGUAGCCCCUAUAGUGCAAGCCAUUUGAAUGAAGAAAUGGACACCCAGUAACAAUUCCUUAAAAACUGCCCUGGCUACAGAUUUAUACAAAUCUCUACAAAUCAAUUUGGGACUAGCCAAUCAGCUCUGUAGAGAUUUGUAGAUAUUUCAACUAGGGUUUCCAGUAGGGUUGCCAUAUUGCCUGGUUAGCUGGGUUUUACCUGGAUUCUUUGCAUGCCACCC